UCUCCCUCGGCUCGAGAUGACUGGACAAUAACAAAGGCAGCGCUCGUUCGCUGGUGUGAAAGGAAAAAGGUAUGAGAGAUAAGAUAUCACGUUAUUACUGAUAUCAGCAUUGUUGGAGGAGUUUGAAGUGAGUGUUCAUUACAUCUAUCCAGCUGACGCAUUAAUUUUGAUACUGUUGUGUUUCUGAACAUAUUACCAUUGUUUAACAAUCAUGGCAUUACCAUCAACAUUGGAAACAUUAUUUAAAUAUAUAGAUGACCAUAAGCAGGAAUAUAUAAAUAAUUUGAAAGAAGCAGUAGCUAUUAAAUCUGUAUCAGCAUGGCCAGAUCAUAGAGAUGAAAUAAUAAAAAUGAUGAAUUGGGCAGAAGCGAAAUUGAAAAAUCUUGGAGCAACUACAGAAUUAGUUGACAUAGGCAAACAGACUCUUCCUGAUGAUAGCAAAAUUCCGCUUCCUCCUGUAUUACUUGGAGAUCUUGGGUCUGAUCCAAAAAAGAAAACUGUACUUUUGUAUGGACAUUUGGAUGUACAACCGGCACUAAAAGAAGAUGGCUGGGAUACCGAACCUUUUAUACUUAUUGAAAAAGAUGGAAAGCUUUUUGGACGAGGUAGUACUGAUGACAAAGGGCCAGUUCUCUGUUGGAUACAUGCAUUGCAAGCUUACAAAGCAAGUGGAAUUGAUAUUCCUGUUAAUCUCAAGUUUGUUUUUGAAGGAAUGGAAGAAAGUGGAAGUGAAGGUUUAGAUGAGCUUCUUUGGGCAAAGAAAGACAGUUUCCUAAAGAAUAUAGAUUAUGUCUGCAUAUCUGAUAACUAUUGGCUGGGUACUAAAAAGCCAUGUAUUACUUAUGGUCUGCGAGGUAUCUGCUAUUUCUUCAUAGAAGUUACUUGUGCUGCCAAGGAUUUGCAUAGUGGUACUUUUGGUGGAUGUGUACAUGAAGCUAUGGCAGAUCUGAUUUACUUAAUGAAUACUUUGGUUGAUGUUAAUGGCCAUAUUUUGGUAGAUGGUAUUUAUGAUGAUGUAGCUAAAAUAACUGAAGCUGAAUUGGCUAGUUAUAAAGAUAUAGAUUUUGAUGUGGGUGAAUUUAAGGAAACAGUUGGAUCUAAGCAACUGUUGCAUAAAGAAGACAAGAUUCAUCUUUUGAUGCAUCGUUGGAGGCAACCCAGUUUAUCCCUUCAUGGAAUACAGGGUGCUUUCAGUGAAUCAGGAGCGAAAACUGUAAUUCCGAGCAAAGUUAUUGGCAAAUUUUCAAUCAGGAUAGUACCUCAUAUGACUCCAGAUAAAACAACCGAGAAAGUAAUCGCAUAUAUCAAUAAAAAAUGGCAAGCCAGGGGUAGUCCAAACAACAUGAAUGUAAAUAUGUAUCACGGUGGGAAACCGUGGACCGAGAAUCCUGAACAUCCGAAUUACAUGGCUGGUCGAAGAGCUACUCAACAUGUUUACAAAGUGGAGCCCGAUCUCUCUCGUGAAGGUGGAUCAAUUCCAGUUACUCUCACAUUCCAGGAAGUUACUGGUAAAAAUGUAUUGCUCCUACCAGUUGGACAAGGCGAUGAUGGUGCGCAUUCUCAAAACGAAAAAUUGAACGUACAUAACUACAUCCAAGGAACAAAACUACUUGGAGCUUACUUAUAUGAGGUUGCUCAAGUGUAAUAUUUUGUUGUUGAAGUUUAUUUAUCAAGGAUAUAAGUUAUAUGGCAUUUCGUAUUACAAACAUAUAUUUAGACAGUCUGACAUUCAGAUAUCUGUAAUUUUUUAAUUAUAAGUGCAAAACAUUGAAUUAUAAUGAAUU